AUGGCUCCAACCGGGAAGUCUGCUGCGGGGUGCAAGAAAGCUAAAGCCUUAGAGUCUAUCAACAGCUGCUUGGCCUUGGUUAUGAAAAGCGGGAAAUGUUCUAUUGGGUUACGACAAACUCUUCGUCUCCUGCGUAAAGGUGGAGCAAGACUGAUUAUUAUUGCAAAUAAUGCCCCGCCUCUAAGAAAAACAGAAAUCGAAUAUUACGCGAUGUUGUCAAAGACUGGUGUUCACCACUAUAAUGGAACAAACCGCGAUCUUGGUACGGCAUGUGGCAAGUGUUAUAAUAAUAAUAAUCAAUCUUCGGACUAUUCUCACCAAACAAUGAUUGUUUACAUGGUGUAA